AACAAAUCGCUAUUCGUGUGCCAGGUAUUGGCUAAAACGUGUUGGCUGGGGUAGCGAGUGUUCAGUGUGAAUCCUGUGCGCAGAUGCUAAGUAACGUUAGCGAUAUUCAGACCAGCGCGAAUAAGGCGUCCCGAUUUUACCGAACUAAUGUUUCUAAGUAUGAACACAACCAGCUAGCUAAAUGUUGAAUUGUAACGGACUAACAAUAACGCUAAAUCGUUGCAAAUGUGUGCGAUCUGAGCCUUGGUUUGCCAAACGCGAUAGUCCCGCCGUUCGCUGCGUUGUCCUUAUGGGCCUUGAACCCUAUAGCGUUCUUUAACCCUUCAAUGUUGACCUUUCACCGACAGGAAAAGAAAUACAUUUUAUCUUCCGCAUCGAUUUUAAAUAUCUACUAGACCGGAGCUUAUUUGUUGUGCUUACACCCAUGGCUUUUUAUGGUUAACGAGCUACAUUUUGUGUGAUAUUUAUCAAACUUGGCGUAGAAGGCCAACAAUGCAGAAGCUAGCUAACGUUAGCUUAGCACGCUAGGCCGUGCGACAUUACACUUCACGGUGUGCGACACAGUUAACUAACGUUAGCCAGCUAACGUGUCAAUAGUAUACCAAGUUGCUCAAAUAACCCUGCAUCUCCCAAAACUAGCUACUCAACAUUUACUUUAACUCAAACCCUCUUUGCUCACGUAAGAAGCCAUGCACUUCCUAGGUAGCUUCCCGGAUUUGACUCUUUCUAGCUAAGUUAGCUAGAUAGCUAGCUGAAGUUAGGACAUGGGCACCUCAACAUGUUUCACCGUCACAUUUUAAAGUCACGUGCACAAGUACAGUGAGAUGUACAAAUGUUGCUAGAACUUGCCCAUGUUCAAACACAUUUUGAUGUGCCUCAUGGGGCUUUGAUGUGAGCAGCAGAAGGAAACAGAAUCGGCGUCAUGGACGGACACACUCAGAGGAUUCAGCUGGUCUCAGCUGACGGUGGCAUGAUGGGUCAUCGUAUCCAGAUCGUGACGGACCAGUCGACGGGCCAGAAGAUCCAGAUCGUGACGGCGUUGGAGCAGGGUUCUGGUGGCAAGCAGCAGUUUAUCCUGGCUAAUGCAGACUACUCUACGCCAGGCAAGGUAAUCCUAGCCAAGCAAGAGGCCUCGUCCCCGGGAAAGGUGAUCCUGGCGGCCCAAGACGGUUCAGGGGUCAACCAGCUGCUGUUUACCUCACCUGAUCUGUCCGGCCAGCAGAUCCAGUUUGUGACAGACGGAUCAGACCAGGCCAAGCCUGUGGUGGAGUACUGUGUGGUGUGUGGAGACAGGGCCUCAGGCCGUCACUACGGGGCAGUGAGCUGUGAGGGCUGUAAGGGUUUCUUCAAGCGCAGCAUCAGGAAGAACCUGGUGUAUACAUGUCGGGGGUCUGGAGAGUGUGUCAUCAACAAGCACCAUAGGAACCGCUGCCAGUACUGCAGAUUGCAGCGCUGCAUGUUCCUGGGCAUGAAACAGGACUCUGUCCAGUGUGAGAGGAAGCCGGUGGAAGUCUCCAGAGAGAAGUCUAUCAACUGUGCUGCGUCUACAGAGAAGAUCUACAUCAGGAAGAACCUGUGUAGUCCCCUGGCUGCCACGCCCACCUUCGUCACUGACAAGGAGACCGCCAGGUACUACAAGGAGACAGCCAGGUCAGCCAGUUUGCUGGAGUCAAGCAUGCUCCUGAACAUCCAGCAGCCUUUUCCCAAGCUAGAGAACACCAUCCUGGUCCCCACAUCCCCUGAAUCGAAUGACCCGUGUCAGGACGACCUGAGCACGCUGGCCAAUGUGGUGACGUCACUGGCCCACUUGAACAAGGCCCGGGAGAUGAACGAUGUCACCGACAGCAAUGACCUGAUGGGCGCGGAAGACACCCUUAGCAAUGGUGACAGCUCCAUGACGGAUCUCCAAGGAGACGAACAGACUGCCUGUGACAUCACCCGAGCGUUUGACACUCUGGCCAAGGCCCUGAACCCUGGGGACGGCUCAGCAGGAGACUCUCUGGAAGCCACCAUGCAGCUGAUGUCAGGAGACCAGUCUGGCCCCGUGGUGGAGCUGGAAGGGCCUCUACUCUCAGACAGCCACGUCCCAUUCAAGCUGAUGAUGCCGUUGCCCAUGCCGGAGUACCUUAAUGUGAACUACAUCUGUGAGUCAGCCUCGCGGCUCCUCUUCCUGUCCAUGCACUGGGCACGCUCCAUACCUGCCUUCCAAGCCUUGGGUGGUCAGGAUAAUGACAUUAACCUGAUGAAGGCCUGUUGGAACGAGCUGUUUGCUCUGGGCCUGGCUCAAUGCUCCAAUGUCAUGAACGUCUCCACUAUCCUGGCUGCCAUCAUCAACCACCUUCAGACCAGCCUACAAGAUGGUACAGGAGGUGAUGAGAAGCUGUCCCCAGAGAGAGUGAAGCUGGUGAUGGAACACAUCUGGAGAAUGCAGGAGUUCUGUAACAGCAUGGCCAAGCUAUCCCCUGACGUUUAUGAAUACGCCUACCUGAAAGCCAUCAUCCUCUUCAGCCCUGACCACCCAGGUAUAGACAACACCCUACAGAUUGAGCGUUUCCAGGAGAAAGCCUACAUGGAGUUACAGGAUUAUGUAACUCGGACCUACCCUGAAGACUCGUAUCGGUUAUCCAAGCUGUUGCUUCGUCUACCUGCCCUGCGGCUUAUGAGUUCAGUGGUGACCGAGGAGCUCUUCUUCACUGGCCUCAUCGGCAACGUUCAGAUAGACAGCAUCAUCCCUUACAUCCUCAAGAUGGAGACCACUGACUACAACAGCCAGGUGGCCACUGGCGUCUGACCUGACCCCACUCCGACCCUGGUUUAACACGGCAACCACCGACGUCACCGUGGUAACAGCAUCCCCAUGUUCACCUUGGCAACAUCACCUGCAGGCCAUCGGCCAUGGAAACGUUAACAUUAUUAAGGGGGGGAGGGGGUAAAACUGCAGUGUCGUGUUCUGUAGGGCACACCAUUAGCAAAACCUUUUGCGAUGGACAAUGAAAAGGAACAUUUGUUUUUAUUUUAUUUUUUUUCCUGUUUUUGACCAUUUUCUUUUCCGUUUGGUGCCAACUCAACAGGAACCAGUUUGGUUGCAUUUUGACCAGCUUCCCUCAACAGAAUCUAAAGGUUUUCUCAAUGGAAUCUGAUGAUUUACUUCCUCAAUGCUGAAACAAUCCUCCUCUUUGUCCCCCCCCCCCUGAAUAGCUCAGAAGACUAUUUAGUACACACAGAUCGAGGUUAUAGCUGGCUUGCUUAGCAUUGUCCAUUCACGAAAUGAACUUUGAAUCCAGUCAAGCAUCAUCGUAGGGCUUUUUUUAAAUUCAUGUGUACAGCAUUAUUUUAUUCUUCCUCCUUUCAUUUUGUGUUUUGUCUUUUGAUGAGUGAACGGACAGAGGAGCCGUUUGAUGAGUGAACGGACAGAGGAGCCGUUUGAUGAGUGAACGGACAGAGGAGCCGUUUGAGUGAACGGACAGAGGAGCCGUUUGAUGAGUGAACGGACAGAGGAGCCGUUUGAUGAGUGAACGGACAGAGGAGCCAACAGCUCCCUCAUUUGCUUUCAACUUGUGCUUUUUUUUUUUGUAAAAAUUUGAAUUGCGGUUGUCAUGAUGAUGAUGAUGAUGAUAUUUGGUCAGUGUAUUAAGGUUAUAACCGUUUUUUUAGAUGUUAUAGUUUGUUUGCCAGUCCGAAGGAACGGGCUUGCAUCAUGAGUCGUCUCUUCUUGAACGUGGAACCAUAUGGAAUAUGCAACAUGUGGAACUCAUAGAAUCGUGUGUGUGUGUGUGUGUGUAUAUAUAUAAAUAUGUAUAUAGAAAGAAAUGAAGAAAAAUGCUAUCAUGGGCAAUAGCUUAUUGCAAGAAUUCCAGCUUUUGGACAUGUACAUGUAGUUACUAAAACAGUUGUGAAGUCAGUUGAAAAUAAAAUUGAAACUUUCAAUGGUCAAUCACAUUUAUUUUACAAUAAAUUUGGAGAAAAAAAAUCACCUUU